AUGUCUAUAUUGUAUAGGGUGAACAGAUUUUUUAAAAAGAGUGAAAGGGAAAAUGGUGACUCUAACCUUAGAACUCCCAAAGCAAAACGCGAUAUAAACAAACGUGGAUAUUUACUUACGAAUCUCUUAAAUAAAGACGACACUUUUUUUGUUUGUGUGUGUCUAUCAAUAUAUCUAUGUGGGUCUACGCAUAUCUAUCUAUCUAUCUAUCUAUCUAUCUAUCUAUCUAUCUAUCUAUCUAUCUAUCUCUUAUCUGCUGAUAUUUAUCAACAACGAGUCAACAGCCAUUAUCUAUCUAUCUAUCUAUCUAUCACUUUCAUUGUCUCAAUUAGUCUAUCUAUCUAUCACUUUCAUUCUAAAUUAGUCUCUCUAUCUAUCUAUCUAUCUAUCUAUCUAUCUAUCUAUCAACGACACUCCUAUCUAUCUAUCUAUCUAUCUAUCUAUCUAUCUAUCUAUCUAUCUAUCUAUCUAUCUUACGCAUUUAUAUAUUUACAGGAAAUAAAAUCAUUCAGACAAUUCAAGUCACUAUUCAUAUAUUAA